AUGUUGAUGCCCAAGAAGAACCGGAUUGCCAUUUAUGAACUCCUUUUUAAGGAGGGACUGACGGUGGCCAAAAAGGAUGUCCAUAUGCCUAAGCACCCAGAGCUGGCAGGUAAGAAUGAACCCAACCUUCACAUCAUGAAAGCCAUGCAGUCUGUCAAGUCUCAAGGCUACAUGAAGGAACAGUUUUCCUGGAGACACUUCUACUGGUACCUUACCAACGAGGGUACCCAGUAUCUCCAGGAUCACCUCCACCUGCCCCCUGAGGCUGUGCCUGUCACCCUGCACCGCAGUAGUCCUGAGGCUGGCAGGCCUUGGCCCAAAGGUCUGGAGGGUGAGCGACCUGCCAGACUCACAAGAGGAGAGGCCGACAGAGACACUUAG